AUGAAGAUUUACACAAUUGUAAUCCUUCUGAUCGCUGUGCAGCUAGCGUCAGCGACGGUAACUCUCGACAAGAUUACAGAAAAAGUCCAUGCAGGACUAAAAACUUUAAAGGAAAAAGCUGUAACAAAAUUACACAAACUAAAAGAGGGCAUAGAUUUGAAGAAAUUACACCAACUGGACGUGUUGCACCUACUACCGUACGCCCACAAACAUUAUGUACACGAACAUUAUUCGAAGAAAACACCACUUGUUGUGGACCAACAUCAAAUACAAAGGCUAAAACACUAUUUCGAGCCUCAUCAUAAACCCGCGCCCGUACAUUAUCACCGUUUUGAACAUUAUGAACAUAUU